AUGACUAAAUUACCGUCAGACGCUUCUACCAUCAAGAGUGUGGAGGCAAAUACCUCUCCAGACAAGGUCAUUCAACUCCUUAAAGAAGAUGGUGUCGUUGUUUUAAGAGACUUCCUCGAUCAAGCCACAGUCCAGUCUUUCCGAGAAGAGAUCAAACCUGCUAUCGAGGAUUUCGAAGGUGGACCAAACUUCAACCCUGAUGGAGUCAAAGUCGACAUUGGCCGUGGGACCAAACACGUGGCCAAUCUCACAGCCAUCUCGAAGACAUACCGACAUGAUAUCCUCAACAACAAGUGGAUGCACAGUAUUCUCGAGCCUCUUUUCCGUCCACACUUUGGCGAUUAUUGGAUGAAUCGAGGUUCAGUCCUUCAUAUCGAACCUGGUGAACCCGCUCAAAAUUUGCACCGCGACGAUAUCCUAUAUCGAGUUACGAAGCUCCGUCAGCCAGGUGAUCCAGACUUGAUGAUCAAUAUCCUUAUAGCGGUUACUGAGUUCCGUGAUGAUAACGGCGCCACUCGGUUUGUGCCUGGAAGUCAUGUCUGGGACGACUCGUACGGUGCACCAACUCCCGAACAAGCUUCCUCGGCAGCUCUCCAACCUGGGGAUGCCCUACUCUUUGUGGGGAGUUUGUGGCAUGGAGCAGGCUCGAAUCAGUCCGAUGCCCAUCGACAGGGAUUGUUGUUGUGUAUACAUCCUUGCCACUUUACUCCGAUGGAGUCGCAUUUGCAUGUACCGCGAACGAUUAUUGAGAGUAUGACUCCUCAGGCACAGAAGAUGAUCGGGUGGCGUUCAGGGGUCACUCAGCAUGAUGUUCCGAUUUGGCUGGCCGGCGACCAAAAAAUGGAGGAAACAAUGGGAUUGCAGGCCCAAGAGGUGCAAUAG